CGCGGGGUCCCUACGGUGCGGCAGCGACGGCUCUUAACCGCCACAGGAUCCUAAGCCGGGGCUAUUCCCGCCUUCACUCUGAGGCAAAAAGACGCUAACGGCCGUCCGGUCGGACCCACGAGCCACGUGACGAGCCCGGGUCAUGUGACUCCGAGCCAGGCGGCUGACGUCUGUUACCCUGACAACUGCUGGGCCCCCAGCCGACUUCCCGGCAAAGCGCGGAAUUCGGAGGCGAAGUGUUCCAAUGUUGUAAAUACUUUGGAAUGUUUAUCUUGGCAAGUGAAAAUUAUUGAUUAUGGCUCACUAUCCCAAAGAACUGGAUAAAGAGUUUGAACAGUUCAUGAAAGAGCUUUCAGAUGAUUCUUUUGAAAAUUCAAACAAAACGCCUAGACAACCUAAAAGAGACGUGAAAAAGAAAGACACACUGCCAUGGUGGAUAACAGAAGGUGAUUUCGAAGAUGGUGGACGGCUUGGAACAAAUGUAAGCUAUCUGAAAACAAAGGUGACUUCUCAGCCUAUUAUGGAAAUAGAAGAGGAGUCUGCUGAGAGGAUUCAGUUUCUCAAGAGCAGUGGGACCUCUAUCCUAAGUAUUGACAGCUUAGAAACAAAUGAAAGAGUAGUUUCUGAGCUCAAUCAUAGUGUUCUCGGAUUGGGAUUGGACACAUUCGAAGAAAAAGAAGAAAAAGAGCAAUUUUUUGCCAGACUUGAGAAAGGGUUAACAUCUUCCAUUGAUUAUUCAAGAUUAAAUAAGGAAUUGGAUUCUAAUGAGUCCACACAAUUUAAAGCUUUACAUAGUAAUCAAGCUAAUAUAGAACUAACCGAAGAUAAACAUGAGAAUGAGUCAAAAUUUGAACUGGCAGAAAAUUACAGUGAUGAUUUUGAAGAUGAGGAGGAUAUUGAUGGACCUUUGACUACUAAAGAUGAAGAGACAAAUUCCAAAGAAAAUUCCAAAUCAGAAAAAAUAAAUGUGCCCAAACAGGAAGAAGAGAAAACUGGCAUGCUGGCCAAUGUGGUGCUGCUUGAUUCAUUCGAUUCUGUUGCAGAGGUCAACCUUGAUGAACAAGAUAAAGCAACUACUAUGCCAAAGGUUCUGCCUGAAAUAACUGACAAUGAAAUGAUAGGAACAGGUGUUUCUUAUGGACAAAGCAAUAGUGAUAUUGAAGCUCUUCAUCAGGCUUAUUGUCAUAUAGCCCAUUCCUUGGGAAAUUCUGAUGAACAAAGAAUUGAGAUUGCUGCCAUGGAAAAUGUCAAGAGCUCAGAGAGAGGUCAUUCUCAAGAAAAUGAAGAGUCCUCCAAAAACAUCUCUACUACGGAAUCUGAUCUGCCCACAGUAGAGGAGCUGAUGAAAACUAUCAAAAUAGAUUCCUUUGGGAUCAGUGGUUUGGAUUUACAACCUGUAAGCUAUAAAAAACAGGCUGAUAGUAAAGAAACUGAAGUCAUAAGUCCCUUAACCCUUAAGAUGAAGCCAAAUGUGUCUCAAGAGCCACAAAAUGUGAACCAAUUAUUUGACAAAAAUGAAGAGAAUGUGGUUUUACAAAAGACAACAAAUGAAAGUAUAGAAAAUUGCUGCCCAAGAGUAAAUACUACGGAAGAAUGUAUAGAUAAAAUGUACCUUGACAUUUUGCGGAAAAAACUAUCUGUUGCUCCUUCAGUGUUACCUCAGGAAGACAAAAUAAAGAAAACUUUUAGACCUCAACUCAGUUCUGGAGAAGGGGCUGUAAUUGCUAAAGAGGUACCAUACAAGAAGGCCAGAAGUGCACCUCCUUUAGCUAAAAGAAAACCCCAGAGUGGUGUAUACGCGUCAGUUAGGAGCUCGGGCUAUGGAAAACCCAGUUCACCAUGCAAGACUUCUACUCUUGAAAAGAAAACUUCAAAGGACAUGAUGAAAAGCAAAAACUUGAGAUCCAUUCUCACCUCAAAUCAAGCCAGGAAAAAAGAAAUCUUAUCUGAAACAAAACUCAAGCCUGCUGCAUUGGGUAAACCAGCUCCCAAAACUGAAAGUUGCCUGGCUACUCCUAAGAAGUCUGAAGACGCUACCGAAACUGGUUCCUGUAUUCAUUUUCAAAAUGAUUCUUCAGGAUACCGUGAUGGGAGCAUGGAUACAGAAUUAAUUUUGUUUAAAAGAGUUCAGGAAGCAGAGGAAAAAUGGAAGGGUGCACAAGCCGUAAUUGAGCAAAUUAAAGUCACAUUCUCAGAAAAAGAGAGAGAGUUAGAAAAUAAGAUGGAAGAACUAAAAAGGCAACAGGAAAAGGAACUCUUCAAAUUGAGUCAGGACAAUUAUAUUCUUCAGACCAAGUUAAACAGCUUUGGAGAAACAAACAAAAAACAAAGGUGGUUACAUGUUGGAGAAACAACUGAUCCUGUCACUGAAGAAAAAUUGAAGCAAAUCCAAAAAGAAAUACAAGAACAAGAGACACUUCUUCAAGGAUACCAACAGGAAAACGAAAGAUUGUAUAAUCAAGUGAAAGAUCUCCAAGAACAAAACAAGAAAAAUGAGGAACGAAUGUUCAAGGAAAACCAGAGUUUAUUCAGUGAGUUAGCUUCCUUAAAAGAACAGAUGCAAAGAAAUCGUUUCCUGUCUCAGGUAGUUGAAGAUUCAGAGCCCACCAGAAACCAGAAUUUUACAGAUCUGUUAACAGAACUACGCGUGGCACAGAAAGAAAAAAACAGUUUAUUGGAAGACAUCAAAAGACUGAAACAAGACAAACAAGCUCUUGAAGUAGACUUGGAAAAAAUGAAGAAAGACCGAGACCAUGCCAGAGAUCAGGUUGCUUAUGUCACAGGUGAAAAAUUAUAUGAAAUAAAAAUUUUAGAAGAAACACAUAAACAAGAAAUUAGUCGUUUGCAAAAAAGAAUACAGUGGUAUGUGGAAAAUCAGGAACUUCUGGAUAAAGAUGCAGUUCGACUUAAAGAAGCAAAUGAAGAAAUUGAGAGGCUCAAACUUGAGGCUGAGAAACUGAAAGCUGAAUUUGGAAAUCCAUCUCUUCAGAAGAAGACACAUUUAAAAGAUAAAGCAGCUGAUGCCAAAAAAAUUCAGGACCUAGAGCGACAAGUUAAGGAAAUGGAAGGAAUUCUAAAGAGAAGAUAUCCUAAUUCUUUACCUGCUUUAAUAUUGGCUGCAUCAGCAGCCGGUGAUACAGUAGAUAGAAACACAGUGGAAUUUAUGGAAAAAAGAAUUAAAAAACUAGAAGCCGAUCUGGAGGGCAAAGAUGAAGAAGCAAAGAGAAGCCUUCGUACCAUGGAACAAGAGUUUCAGAAAAUGAAGAUUCAGUAUGAACAGAGACUAGAGGAACAGGAGCAGCUGCUUGCCCACAAAUUGAAGGCAGCAUCCCAGAACCAACAUGACAACUCCUCCAGGGUUAAAGCACUGGAGAAAGAACUUCACGACAUUAAGGAAGCCCAUGAAAUCACUGUAAGAAACCUUGAAGCUGAAAUAGACACGUUUAAACAACAGAAUGCUGAGUUAGAACUCAAGAAAAAUAGAGAUGAUAAAGAUUUCCAGUCUAUCGAAUUCCAGGUGGAACAGGCUCAUGCUAAAGCUAAACUGGCAAGACUCAAUGAGGAGCUGGCGGCAAAGGGGAGAGAAAUACAAGACCUUUCGAAAACUGUGGAGAAGCUUCAGAAGGAGAGAAGAAUGAUGCUAUCCAGUCAGCACUCCAAGGGGAGGGAGGAAAUGACUGCAAAAAGGGUAAAGAAGGAAGUUUCGCACGCAGGUAAAGGAAGUGCCAACUCCUUCCCUGGAACCCUGGAUGGCAAGCUUUACCAACCACAUACUUUCUCUGAUUCCCACAUUUCAGAGGUUUUGCAAGAAAACUGCAGAUUGAAAAAUGAACUGGAGAAAGUAAUCGUGGAGAGGAAUGAGUUGAAGAUGAAAUCUGACAUAGCUAUGAACCAGUUUGAGAAUUCCAUGAAAAGGGUCAAGGAAGACACUGCAGCACACAUCACAUCUCUCAAAGCAUCUCAUCAGAGGGAAAUAGAGAAACUCCUUUGCCAAAAUGCAGUAGAAAAUUCCUCUUCCAAAGUAGCUGAAUUAAAUCGUAAAAUAGCAACUCAAGAGAUAAUACAGCAGACACACCAAGUAGUAGAAACUGAGCAAAACAAAGAAAUUGAGAAAUGGAAAAGACUCGCACAGCUGAAGAAUCGUGAGCUGGACAAGUUCCGCACAGAAUUAGACUCGAUAUUAGACGUCCUCCGAGAGCUGCAGCGGCAGGGGGUGGUGGUGCCCGUUGCCUUUGCGGAGGAAGUGACUGCACCACAGUAUUAGCUAGACCUUCAGACGUCACAGGACCCCCGGAAGGGCCUGAGGCGUGGUGGCUGGCAUCGGGCCUCGUCAGAGAAGGCUGUUGAAAACAAGUGUUCCAGGAUGUUCCCAGAAAACAACACAAAAGCAACAUUUCAAAAUAAAUUGCUCUUAACCAAUAAGAAAAAAAAAAGAAGCAUUGUAGCAUAUUUUACUGAAAAUCUUUAACCAGUCACGUUUUACAUAAUUUACGGACAAGUCUCUUUAUGUCAGGUGAUUAGAAUUAGUGAAUUUCAUAGUAAAAGUCCUCACUUAUACGCUAGAUGUGAAAAGAAAAGAAAAUUGCAUCCACUCUGCCAUUAAGUGCCAGAAAAGCAGCUCCUCUUUCUCAUGGAAACGCAGGGAGGAUGUGAGCACAGUGGCUCGCACAACCACAUCGCCAGUCACCGAGCAGGAGAGUUUCUGCCAUAACUUGAACAAGAAUCAUAAUUUCCGUGUAGUAGAUAGUGAACUAUCUUGUGUCACCCAGAUUUCCACUCGCACCUCUAUGUGCCUCAUUUUUGUCACUUGCUAUAAGUGCAAAAUCUAUAUACAAGUAAUAGGGGGAUUUGGUUUGUUUUAUGCCAUGUCUUAAGUGCCAGUCCAUUUUUUGAACUCUAAGAUUGUAGACAGAACAUAACAUUUUUACUUUUUCUAUUAAAAGGUAAUAUAUGUUCAUUAGAAAAAAACUAAAAGCUUGCACAAAAGCAGCCAGAUUGUUAUUUUACUUUGCAAUUCCCAUUUCCAGAAGCAGAUAGUGAGUAUAUGAUAUUGGUCAGUUAAAGCUAUAGCCGCUUUGUUUUCAGCUGUUCUAGCCCAGCACUGUCCAACUGAAGUAUAAUUAAUGUGAGCCACGUAUAAUUUUUAUUUUAUUGUAGCCACAUUUAAAAAUAUUUUUAAAUGAAAUUAAUUUUGGAAAUUUAUAUAAUAUAUUCAAAAUGUGAAUAUAAAAGUUGAGUUUUUACAUUAUUUUUUCAUACUAACUCUCCAAAUUCUGGUAUAUUUUACAUUUAUAAACACAUCUCACCUUGGACUAGCCACAUUCCAAGUGCUCAAUAACCACAGGUUAAUAAAUGCAAUUCUAGAAUAAUAAUCACAAUGUGAAGCACUGUAUAAAGGACACGUGAAAUAGGUCUUGGUGGAAUUAUGGAUAGCAAAUGUGAAAUGUGGAAAUUAAUGUCAAUGUUCAGCAUUUUUUAAUGUCCUUUUCCUAAGAGGGUAGAAAAAGUAUUAUAACUUGCUAUUUUUUUAUG